AUUGAGUCACAACGGAGCAGUAGAAAUAUGAACCAUAUAAUUAGAAUUUUGCUGAUUUUCGUGUGUCCAUCUGUAAUUUAUUCUGUCCUCGUAACGACACCGUCGGGUAAAAUAGAGGGAAGGAUUGUACAGCAUAAUGGAACGGAUGUUCUUCAGUUUCUCGGUGUUCCGUACGCCAGGCCACCAAUAGGUGACUUGAUGCUUGAAAAAACACAACCAGUUGAAACUUGGCAAAAUACACUUAAUGCGACGGCUUUCGGAGCGGCGUGCCAUCAACGAAUCGUCUCCUGGGACAAAGGAGUAGAUAAAAGGAAAAUGAGCCUCGACUGUCUCUUGUUGAAUAUUUUCGUGCCUAAAAAGAUCACCACCAACUCUCCCAGGGCGGUAAUGUUAUUUAUUCACGGCGGAAGUUACAUGCACGGCACCGGGAAUAGUUUCGACGGAUCUCUUCUGGCUAUUACUGGUGACGUUAUUAUAGUCUCGAUUAACUAUCGACUCGAUGUAUUUGGGUUUAUGUCAACCGGAGAUGACGUCAUACCGGGUAAUUACGGGUUAUGGGAUCAACGUCAAGCCAUUUUGUGGGUAAAAGCAAAUAUCGCAUCAUUUGGUGGAGAUGGGUCUAAGAUAACAAUAUUUGGUGAAAGUGCCGGAUCCUACAGUAUAGGCAUGCACAUGAUUUCACCACACAACGCGGGGUUAUUUCAGCGCGUUAUAAGUGAAAGUGGUAUAGCCGUGUCACCUAUAGGAUUAACGUACGAUGCCUUGAGUUACGCGAAAUCGGUCAGCAAUAGUUUGAAUUGCACAAACGCAACGGUUGGAUGGAAUCCUAGUUUUUUCAAGAAUUGUUUUAAAAAUAGAACAAUCAGUGAUGUUUUACAUGCUUCGUUAAAUGCUGCAAACUUUGGUUUCUUGGUGUACAGAAGGGUUAUUGGCCCCGUGGUUGAUGGAGAUUUUCUUGUAGGAACCCCAUUACAGUCCCUUGACAGGGACGAUGUCCCAUUUAAAAAUGUUGAUUUAAUGGUAGGAACUAACAGCGCUGAAGGGGACUACUCUUGAGACCUUUGAUGGCGUAUGAGAAAGAGUACAAUUUUCAUUUAGCCAACGGAAUUCCAAGAAACAUUUUUCGAGAUCACAUCGCCACGGCCAUAGUUCGAGAUUAUUAUUUCGGUUGGAAAUGGGCUUUGGAUAAAAUUAUGGAAGUGUAUUC